AUGUCGCAACACGCGCAUUACCAUCACGAAACCCAAGGAAACGAGAUGAUGAUGCGUGCCGCUGCCACUGGGUCCUCUGUUUCUUCCUCUUCGAUGCCGAUAAACUUUGAUUUCAGCAGAAAUGUCACCUUGUUUCGUUUCCAAUCCAACACCGGAUUCGAAUACUUUUGCGUUCUUUUGUUUACGUUUACGUUGGCGUACGUGCAAGAAUACAUCGCGUUUGUGAGGAAAAAAGAAGAAGUAGUGUUUGGUGCGAGUGUGAACGCGUCGAAUUCGGCGUACGAGAGUUUAAAAGACAACAACAACACGACUAAUGCGCUUCCUAAAGAUCAGCAUUAUUCGAACGCGAGGGUGUUGAAGCACACGGCGAAGUACGUAGCGCACGCGUCUGUCUCGUAUAUACUCAUGCUGUGCGUGAUGAGUUUGAAUUUUGGCGUCUUUGUGAGCAUUUUGUUAGGGUUAGGGGUUGGGAGUUUUACCAUUGGGGGUGGUGGUGGGAAACAUUUGUAUUACCAUCUUCGAUCUCGGAUAUCGUCGGACGUAUGUCAUCCGGUUUCGAGUUAG